AUGGAUUCCCAAGAUGGAUUCGGAGCUCAAAGGCAGGUAAGACAAUACUUUGAUCGUAGUAGACUUGUUUUUUCGGUAAUUUAUGCACUUUAUAAACGUUGGCGUAAUAUUUACACUUUAUUUAUAAAAAUUCAAAUCUCGUUUUUAUUUUUUUUUGGAUGAAAUUUAUAUUUUUAUUGUUGGCCGGUCCCUUUUGCAACGUAAAAUGUAGACUAAUGUUUAGGGUUGUGGAGUCGCCGAUUUGGCGCAUCAGUCGUUGUCAAAUUGAACUUUUUUGAAAAAUUUUUAGGUUCUUGCUAAAAAAAUCGGCAGAAUAUAAAAUUUUAGGCAAUAUAUUCCCCUUCUUGUCCGAUGAAAUAAGCAAUAAAACUAGUUACGACUAGUGUUAACGGUUCACCGUAGCCUAUGUUAAACUCGCGUGGUAAAGGUUUGUAUAUUAGAAUUUUGAAUUUAGCCAAAAUGACCGCAAUUUGACGUCAAUUUGAAAAAUUCUGUCAACCAUGCCGAUGUUUUAAUUAAUUAAUGUUUGGUUUUAGCCAGAUCUGCCAGUCCCACCUCCACCUCGUUCUGACGGCUCGCAAGAUUCGGAAACUUCGUCCACGGACUUUGUCAAGAUUGACGAUUCGGAAUUACGUAAUGUUCCAGAGGAAUUACUGACCAAUUAUGGGAAUCAAGUGGCGAACGAUGUCCUGGGCUUGGCGCUAGCCGAUAAUUGGGUUAGUUUUAUUUCAUUAGACGUUCUUCCGGAUAUUAUUCAUGUUGAGCUUGGAGGCUUAACAUUUUUGGAACGCAUAUUUCUCUUAGUAUUUGGUUUAUGGCUCGAUAUAUGUCUAGUAUAAUUUAUUUCGGGUUUGUUUCUCGUUUAAAAACGAUUACGUGUUUUGGCCGUUCUCUGCAGAAACAGCUGCUGCGUAUUUUCAGUCUCUUCCACUUGUUUUUUUCGGUCCUAGACCUCCUUGAAAUGGCCCAAGAAUUGGUUGGUCGGCCUUGCUCUGCUCCGAGGCUCUUUUCCAUGACUUCUCCGUUGACUUUUACACUGACAACUUUAUUCGGUUCUCUUAAUCGGGUUGUCAGGGUUACCUUUAUAUUAGUGUAUAAGGUACUAGUAAUUGUUUCGUUCUUUGUUUACUCCAUAAAUUUCGAAACGCGCUCCACUCCUGUGGAAUAACUCGGCUCCAUUAGCGGUGUCGAAAAGAAAUUAUUCAUGCUGCGUGCGGUUACCGAAUUGCGAUGUGUUAGUCAUAAUUUAAAUGAGCUGUGAAUAAGUCAUUGACCUCUGAAUUCCAGAAGAUGGACGAGCGAGACCUUUAUGUGCCCGAAGCAGCCGGAGAAGCCGAGGCUCAUCCGACCGGCAAAGUUUUGGUUGAUCUCGAUGAAUUCGAUCCCCUGGCCAAUCAAUCAGCCCAUAAUUUGGAGCCAGUUCUUGAAGAAAUUUCUCAAAAACCUCGAGAAGUUACAAUCACAGAACUCCCAGAUGACCCUCCAAGCAAACAGGACCAGGAAAUAAAGAACUCAGGCGAUUCCCAUCCAGCACAGCCUCAUCACGGCGCCGAACCGACCGGGCCUUCCCCCAAAUCGUCUCCUUCUCCCGUUGAUGAGCCAGCUCACGGUCUAGAACAUAAAGAUCCCAGUCCUCAACCUGUGCCAUCUUCCCCCGUAAAGGAAUGGUCUCCACCCAAGGAUGAUGUUGUAGAUCCAACUCCAGCAUCUCCUGAACCUGUUGAUAAUGUAAAGGAAGAGGUUCCUCUUCGUCGGACAUCUCUUCUCACCCAAGAUCAACCUCAGGACGACUCGAGUGGUGGGUUCUUUGAGUAACAAGUGCUUUUGAACUGAUUUGCAAACAACUUUGUUCCAUUCUGAAUGGUUAUAACAGCAAAUAUAAAUUUAUUUUAGCUGUUGCAUCCCAGAUCGAAGACGCUAUUCAAGAAGCUCACGACGAAGUUGGAGAUCUGCUGGACGAUUUCCGCUCUGGGAACCGACAACAAAACGAACACUAUUCACCCGCCGGCGAUUCAGGAAACGAUAUAUUGACUGAGCUGAAUGGUGAACGAGCUGAGGAAAGAGACGGCACCAACAUGAGGGAAUUAUCCCCAGAUUUGCCUACUUAUGACAGGAAUGGCCCGCUGACAUUCCCUCAGGCUCGAGAAGAGCCGGAACCCGAGCCUGAACCGGAGCCUGAACCCGAACCUAUACAGUAAGUGUAUUAUUACGUUUGUAAUUUUCGUGUUCAGACAACCCAGACCCCCAACUCCUCCAAAGGAUCUUAGCGGACCGGAAGAAGAAAACCCUCAGGUUAUCGAUCUGGGCCCUCCUCCUCACUCACACGGAUGUAAGUAAUUACCGUAUUUAGGAAAUGUUUUACAUAUUCUAGCUUUAUAAAAGCAUCUUGAUACGUAAUUGAAUUUAUUUUGUUGCACUUUUUAAUUGACACGUUUAGUGUUCCAUCGACAAUCUUCACACGGUCUUCCAUCCAUCCUCAAGCACACGGGUGAAGCUUGGGUGGACUUCAAGUCAGUCGACCCUCGGGGUAAGUCAAACUGUUUUUUGUGGCCGUUCUUGCGGAGAAAACGCCGGAAUGGAUGCCCUGUUGUGCGAGAAGUACUACGGCAAAAGAUUUAAAAGGCAGGAAAGGGAAAACAUGUGAAAAUAAAUGAACAAGAGGAAACAUGGCCGGAAAAUAGAACUCAAAAGUACAGAGAUUUUUGGGCAAAGGGACAGAGAAAAGCCGAAAGAAUAGAGCUACGGGCGAAGUGCAAUGCGCGAGAACACAAAAGAUUGGCCAAAAUUGAAAUGGAAAGGGGGAGAGUGCGGCGACAGGGGAGGGCCCAAAGACGCGUGCCACGGCAAUGGGCCUUGCUCAAAAGUGUUGGGCGCACUGACCGCGCUCCUCUUUUCGGUCAGCUGACCGGCCUGCUUUUCUCGAGGCAAUGUUUCGAGCUCGUUGCAUUGGGAUACUCUUGGACUCUGCAUUUGGUGCAAAAAGACUCCUUGCACUCGGCUUCGGACCCUCUGACUUAACUAAUCACCCGCCUCGGAAAGGUUUCCGUUUCCAGGACUGCGCGAGUUUUUCCAAAUAAUUGGCGGGCACAUUUCUGGUGUUUCUCUCGGUUGGACUCGCCCGACCUCGCAUUUUGUGGACCCGGGUCGGCCUUCUGAAGACCGCGAUGUCCUUUUGGAGUCAGUCGAUUGCCUUUUUUUCCAUUUUUUCCUAAAUUAUCCCGCUUCAAUUUCUGUGCUGAAUACUUUACUCCCUGACUUUCGCAACAGCGACCUGAAAAUCACGUGGCCGAGAGAUGAGGAAGAGUUUUGUUAUUAGUUUUGUGUUUCUCAAUUCCUGUAAUCAUUGUUUUCUCGGUCGAACUUGUUGACGCAUGAAUCGAUUUCAAUCAAUUGGCAUCGAUGUCAUUUAGAAUUAAUGCUGCGGAGAGUCUGGAUCCCCUGGCUCGUUUGUUUACCUUCUGCAAAGGCCUUGUCCCAAUCCGCGCACCUUGUUCCUCUUUUCUUUUCCAAUAUCUCAUCGUUCUCUCUUGAGACCUGGAUUUUGAUCGGUAUUCGAAUGUUUGGUUUUUUAAUACUCGAGUAGUCUGAUUGUGUUACCAGUUUCAUCAGUUUUUAUCAAACACGGCGAACAUGUUCAUUGCGCGUUUGUGACUGACCGGUAUUCAUUUCAUCACUUCCAGCCUGAUUAGACGGUAAUGAGCAAAGUCGGUCUUCUAUUUCGAGCCAUCGGCUCUCUGAUCUCCUUGAUCACCAGGAUCACCUUCAAUUUAGUCCAUUAUGUGGGCUUAUUGGGCUCUCUGGGUGUGACGGUCUAUACAGUCGGAGAAUACACUCACAAUUUCAUCAAAGACAAACCUCGAGGUAAGGAAUCGGGGUCAAGGACGGAAAAAACGACAAAUUAUUUAAGCCCGGUGCAGGAACGGCGGAGAAAUCAUAUUUUGGUGUAUUUGUAGAUGUUUGGUUCCGUCUAGGGCAUCAAAUCGAAAAGAGGAUGUUUCAUUUUAUUUGAUAGGGCAUAAAUGACGAAUCAGUGCAAAUUAUAAACAGUUUGGGAUCAUAAAAGCAUGAUCUUUUCGUGACAGACGUAUUCGUUGUAGACAUCAAUACCUCAUAAAAACUAGAUCGGCAAUAAUCGGAACAUAGCGAACUGUCAAUUGGUUUUUUUGUUGUCCUUAAUGCAACCUCCACGCGGGAUUCCGACGAAAAUCGGGGUGGGAAUAGAAGAGGGGACGGUCCCGACUGUUUCUCCCUAUCCAACGCGUCUUUGCAGUUCGAAGGAUGACCACCUAUUCAUAUAUCCUCUAUAUUGGGGGUUGUUAUUCACUUUAAGUGAAGUUGCCACGUAUUCGGGACUAAACUGGGAGGUUGAUAGCGGCUAGCCUUUUUUUCUUUUAGGCCUCCCUUUUUUACAUCAAUGUUCGUAAAGAUCGUAAUGAAGAUUUUUGCGUUUACCGUCGACCUUCGUCCUUUUUGCGUGAUCUUAAUCUCGGGAGUUUCCCCUCUGUAUAUCUUUCUUUAGCCGGUAGUGUGUUCUCCUUUUUCGAACGGGUUAGUAACUUAAAAUAUGGGUAAGGCUUCUCGUCGUCAAUACUCUCGAGAGGCGGAUUAUGUUCCGGCCGAAGACUUGCCAGGAAAAGGUAAAAUUAUAUAAUACAGCAGCUGUGGGGGUUGUUUGUUAAAUUUUAGUUUAACUUAAUAUUAUUUAGUACUGGAAAUCCUGAAAUGGAGAGAUCCUAAGAAGAGUGCUGCCGCUCUGGCCUUGUCCUUGUUGGCCUUGAUCCUCAUCGCCAAGUUCUCAGUGAUAUCACUCAUCGCCUGGACUUCGCUCACCAUUUUGGCUGGAACCCUCGGAUUCAGAGUCUACAAACUGGUGGAGAGCCAUCUGAAGAAGACCGAUGGAGCUAAUCCUUUCAAAGAAUACUUGGAACCCGAGAUCUCUGUUCCUCAAGAGAAGGCUCACGCUCAGGCUGAUGUGAUUGUUCAACAUGGACAGGACUUGUUGAACAGCCUCCGUCGUCUGUUCUUGGUUGAAAAUAUCUGUGACUCCAUAAAAUUCGCUGUCCUUCUGUGGACUCUGACCUACAUUGGUUCUUGGUUCUCCGGUAUCUGUUUGGCCACCCUCUGUGAGUUUUUACUACAUAAUUAAAAUUCCGCUAGUUGCGACUCAACUUAUUGUUAAUUAUUACUAUUGUUUCAAUUUCAGUUGUCCUCGCUCUCUUUACCCUCCCUAAGGUCUACGAGCUUUAUCAAGAGCCAAUUGACGAGUACAUUGCCCUAGCCAAGGCUAAUGUGGAGAAAGUCAACGCUGUGUAAGUCAUGAAGAUCCUUUUUUGAUAUCAAUGUUUAGGCUCCAAGAGAAACUUCCCUUCCUUAAGUGCGCCGCCAAGGACGACAAGAAGGAAGAGUAA